UUUUGUAUAAACAUGUCUUAACCCUUUAUAGCGUUCGAUAUAGAUUACAUGAGGUGGAAUUUGGUAUUUAGGUACACAUAAGAGUUAUUGACUUUGCGCAAGGUUGAAUCAAACAGAGUAAAACAAAACGAUUUUAAACAGUUCGCUCCCGGGAUUCACUGCAGCGUAUGUGAAAAGUCUGUGAUUUCCAAGGAAGUAUGGGGUUGUUUGAUGACACCAAGCCAUUCAAGGGUCAGAAAUAUAAAGAUCUGAAACAACACUGCAUAAAGAAUGGAAAAUUAUUUACAGACCCCCUAUUUCCAGCGAAUUAUUCAUCACUAAACUGCAAAAAGGCAUCUGAUAUCGAAUGGAAGAGACCAGGGGAAAUUGUUGAAAACCCAAAAUUCUUAGUCGAAGGUGUAAGCUCAAAUGAUUUCUCACAAGGAGCAUUGGGUAACUGUUGGUUUGUUGCUGCUUGUGCAAGCCUGGCAAAAGAUUCAAAACUCUGGAAAAAGGUAAUACCCGAUAGUGAGGAACAAGAAUGGACUGAGAAGAAUAAGUACUCUGGAAUUUUCCAUUUCAAGUUUUGGCGAUGCGGACAGUGGGUUGACGUAGUAAUUGACGAUUUUCUACCUACAAGACACAACACACUCGUCUAUGUCCAUUCAAGAACAGCAAACGAAUUCUGGUCUGCUCUUCUAGAAAAAGCGUAUGCUAAACUAGCAGGAGAUUAUGCGGCAUUGGAUGGUGGCUUUUCCGUAGAUGCCUUGGUAGACAUGACAGGUGGUGUUGGAGAAUGUCUUUACAUGCGGAAUUUUGAAACGCAGGAAAAGCGACAGGAAUUGUUCAGGAUUCUGAAACAGUCUCAGGAAAACCAUUCUUUGAUGGGCAGCAGCAUUACGGAUACAAGCAAAGAAAGGGAGUCUAAAACUUCCAGUGGCCUGGUAACAGGUCAUGCGUAUAGCAUCACAGCAGUAAAGAGGAUAAAACUGGGAAAAGGCCUUUUCUCAAUAUUCUCAAGAGAUUAUCUAGAAAUGGUGAGAUGUAGGAACCCUUGGGGUGGCUCAGAAUGGACAGGGGCUUGGAGUGACGGGUCCGAAGAAUGGAAAAAAGUCAGUAAUAGCCAAAAGAAAGACAUUGGCCUAACGUCUGAUGAAGAUGGUGAAUUUUGGAUGUCGUUUGAAGACUUUUGUCAUCAUUUCACAGAAGUGGAAAUUUGUCACAUUAUCAAUAUGUCCAUUUUCUCCUUCAAGAAGACAUGGCGGGAAGCAGUCGUCAGGGGUACAUGGAGCAUGCCAGACAGGGCUGGCGGGUGUGGGAACAACACGUCGUUUCUCUGUAAUCCUCAGUAUAUAUUUGAUGUAACAGAAAACGAAGACGAAGUCCUUGUUUCCUUGGAACAACAAGACAAAAGAGACAAAGGGAAGGAUAAUUAUAGCAUAGGAUUCACUGUGAUUAAGACUGACAUUAAUAGGAAGUUCCGAAUGCAUGACAGAUAUCAGGAAAUAUCAUCAAUAAGUUUUCAAGCACGCCGAAGUGUUUUUGGACGUUUGACGUUGAAAAGGGGACGCUACUGCAUUAUUCCUUCGACCUUUGAUCCAAACGAAACUGGAGACUUUGUUUUAAGAAUGUAUGCAUCCAGUAAGAUUAACCUAAGAGAGCUGGUUAAUGAGGAGCCAAAGCCGGCUACAUGCUGCAGAUCGCCUUAUCUAGCAGCUACCCAAAUUACUAUUGAUAGAGCUGAAAAACUCGAAGCACAAGACCGAGGCUAUACUGCUGAUCCUUACUGUAUUGUGAAGUACGAAGGAAAAAAAGUUGAAAACCAUUACAUAGAAAAGACAUUAGACCCAAAGUGGAACGACAGAAUCACUGUCUACAGAAAGAAACCUUAUCAUGAUAUUAUUGUUGAGGUUUGGAACCAUAACAUCUUAAAGGAUCAGCUGAUGGGAUUUGCCACUAUUCCCAUGGAUAAUCCCCGCAAGUACACCAACAGCAGUGUAAUUACAGCAUACAAACUCUCCGCAAAGGGAAAAGAAGGCCUCGUCGAAAAGCCAGGGGUGCUUUGGCUAACCGUUCUACAUACCGAACAUAUGGAUACGGUUUAAACGAAAACACUAAACUGAAAAUAUGUCUCAUAAAAUUGCACAUUUACAAAUUAAUACUUUAAUUGAUACCCUGUAAAUAAUUUAACUCGUUUGGUCUCGGUUUAAGCCGUAUACAAAUCAUAUUCGUUAAUUCUUAUUAACUUGACUUUUUUUCUGUAAAAUACUGAGAAAUAUAUUUUCUGAAAAGCAAUGUUGAACGACUUGAUAUUUAUAAGGUCAUUGAAAAAUAUUCUGCACAAUAUUUCUAGUACCAAACAAAACGUCUUAUUAGAUCCUGCAUAUUAUUUGAGAUUUUACACAAAAUAACAUCAUUCUGUUACGGGUAUUCUUAAUUUCAUGAAAAUUUACAUCACAAUGACUAUUAGUCUAGGCCAACCCUAUGUUCUUAUCAUAACAGAACCAGUGUUGUGUACUGAAAUGCAAUAUAUCCUGGUCUAGUUGCUUUAUAAGACAAAACAGCUAGACUAUUAUGGUUGGACCAAAGAAAUUGCAAAAGAAUGUGCGAUUAUUUGUUAUAAAAUGCUCGAAGUGUAGUAAUACAUAUCAAGUGACAAGAAUGCGACAGAACAGGUUUUAUUACAUAAUCGUUUCUAUUCCCCGUUAAGUUACACUGGUACCAGAAACGUCAAUAUUUUUCCAUACACUGACGCCUGAGUUUCAUAUCGGGUGCGUGGCGUAAUUCAGUGUGUGGUGUUGCACCUUUUUUCUAAUUAGUUCAGUAUUGUCAAUCCUAUUCAGGCUAUUGAACAUAUUUAUGAUAUUUACAUUAUAUUUAUACGUGUAGAUGCGUAUGUAAUAAAAGGUUAUUAUCUUUGCAUCGGGAAAUAUGCACUCGUUCUUCAGCGGAAGAAUAUUGCGCUCCUAAAGUCGCGCAAUAUUUCCGCUGAAGAACUCGUGCAUAUUUCCCGAAACAAAGCUAAUAACCUAUAAUUAUAUCCAAUAAUUACAAAGUAAGAGGUCAAGGGUGCCUGUCGUAAAUAUAAAAGUUGUGUAACGUUAUCAAAACCUAUUUAGAAGAUGUGUUAUGUUUGUUGUUGUUGUUUUUUUUUUUUUUUGACAAGUACAUAUUCAAGUGAUAAGCUUAUUGGACGGGCCUAUAGAUGAGUCUUAAAUUACAUGCGUUUUGGAGUUCAAGUAUAUAUUCUAUUUGAAAAGGACCAUGUAAAGUAUUUUUCAAAUCUUCUUUUGUCUCCUUAAGACAGGAAAAUAAUACAGGCCGGGCGGACAUAGAUGCAUACGUUUAUAUGUUCCAUUACAUGUGGACACUUUUAUCGGCCAACGACGUUAUAUAGUACGGUCAAUAUGGUGAUGUUGCAUCGUACAAUUUGGAAUGUAUCUGUCCAGUUAGAUUACAUGGUAUAUCACUGGCUUGCUGAGAGAAAUAUGUAUAGAAUAAGAGUAGUAUAGAAUAAAUAUAGCCAUAACCGUGUGAAGAUGUAUUAUAAGCUGCUAGAAAAAAAUAUCAUAAUUAUCAUACAAUCUACUAACGAACUGAAAGUUAUCACAUGUGGUGCAACGGUAUAAAAAGUACACAAACUUGUACAAUUACCUUAUCAUUUCAAUUUGUUCUCAAAGCAGUCAUAUAUUUGUGUGCGUGUGUGUAUGCAUAUGCGUGCGUGUGUGCAUGCGUACGUGCGAGCUUCUAUUAAUAUAUCUAUAUUGCGAUAUUACACACAGAUUUGGUUUGCAGCUUGCCCAAUGAUGCUACGCCGUAAAGGGAUUAAGCUGAUUUUUCAAGUAUUUCAAUACUAUAAUUUUGAAUAAUGUAAUUUUUUAUAGCAAUACAAGUAAGUGUUAAUGAUUCCGUGUGUAUCAUCGAAACAACAUGUAGCCUAUGUAAUAAGUGCAAUGGGUAGAAACCCUGAUGAUGGAUGAGAUCCUCAUAUAAACUAUAUUUUUAGUUAAUAUUUUGUCAAGUUUUAUGAUACUUUAGCUAAACUUACAACGCAUCAAUCUUAAAAAGUGACAUGUUACAUUUCAUAAAAUUUUAUUCGCUAAAAUCUUCGAAUUUAUAAUAGUUAGUAUAUCACAAAACUGAUUAUAUCCGUUAUGAUUGCAGGAUAGGUAAAAUUCACUAAAAGGUUAACAACUAAGGGUUAACUCCAUAGUCUCAAACAUUUUACUGCAUUUUAUGGAUUAGACCCUCAUUGAGGGAUCUGUGUCGCAGCUUUUGUUUUUAAUUUGAAGGCAUCAGUUGAAAUCUUUCAACACAUAUCAAUCAUACUGUAUAAAAUGCAACAAAACGUUUGGGCACAGGUGGUCACUCAAAGCUGCUCAAAAAUUGAUAUAAAAGAUUAAAAAGUCUAUCAAGAUAGAAGCGAAUAAAGUUUUAUAAAGCGCCAUACGCCAUCUUAAAGGCAUCCAGACAGAUCUUGUCAUACUCUCUGCAUUCUGGAGGAGAAUAUAUUAUCGUUAAAUCAUGUCAAAUAUUUACAGUAACUGUAGUUCAUUACUUAACUACAGUGAGUAAACUUACAUUUUUGCAUAAGUUUUUCAAUGUUUGAUUAUAAUUACAAUUAUAUUGUAAUAUAGUUCUAAAUACCAUAUGUCAUGUUUACGUAUUACUUUUCAUCUAAAACUUAGUCUGAUAAUAUUAAUCCGUCCAUUUUGUAAUUGAAACUACUACACGUAAUAAAAGAUUUGA